AAAAUGUCUGCCAACACCACCACUCUGGAAAGCCUUUAUGAAGAUUACGAGGACUAUCCUGCUUUUGAUGACAAAACUCAAAGUCUCCGCAACUCAAUGCACAUGUUGUCCAUGGUGAUUUACAGCACAGCCUUCUUGUUAGGGGUGGCUGGAAACAGCCUGGUCAUUUUUAUCACUGGCUUCCACAUGAAGAGGACUGUGAAUACUGUCUGGUUUCUCAACUUGGCCAUUGCUGAUUUUGUCUUUACUUUCUUCCUCCCGCUGAGUGUGGCCUACCUAGCCCUGGGCUUCCAUUGGCCCUUUGGGAAGCUGCUGUGUAAACUCAGCAGCAUGGUGGCCUUUCUCAACAUGUUUGCCAGUGUCUUCCUCCUCACCAUCAUCAGCAUGGACCGCUGUGUCGCUGUGAUGUGCCCUGUCUGGGCCCAGAACUAUCGAACACCUCGGCUGGCUUCUCUGGUGGCCCUGGGCAUUUGGAUGGCAGCCCUGGCACUCAGUUCCCCCUAUUUUGUCUUCCGUGAUAUUAGGCACUCUUCUGUUGAAGAGAACACCACUUACUGUUACAACAACUUUGCCUUAUCAGACAGUUUCCAGUCAGAGGAGGUUGUUAAGCUGGAAGAGUAUCGCCAUCAAGCCUUGGUGUUGACCCGUUUUGUGGCUGGAUUCUUGGUGCCAUUUGCUAUAAUUCUUUUCUGCUAUGGCAUUAUCAUGGUCAGGCUGAAGGGAACUCGGCUCACCCGCUCAAAUAGGCCCUUCAAGAUCAUGGUGGCCGUGGUCUUGGCAUUCUUUAUCUGCUGGUUCCCUUAUCAUGUCUUUUCCUUCCUGGAGAUGUCAGCUGCCAUGAUAACACCUGGACUACAGACCAUUCUGGUGGUGGGAAUACCCUUGGCUUCCAGCCUGGCUUAUCUCAACAGCUGCCUGAAUCCUUUCUUAUAUGUCUUUGUGGGACAGGACUUCAGGGAGAAGCUACAGACGUCUGUUUUGGCUGCUUUUGAGAGUGCUUUCAGUGAGUCUUCAGGGCAGACAUUAACCAAGAGCAAAUCCAGUGUGGAGGUAGAGUGUCACACACUUUAA